UGAUAAGGCCCCCAGUCCCGUUCCUCAUCUUUCCAUUCCCCUCACCUCACUCUUUCAAACACUUCUACUUCUCCUUCUUCACCACCAUCCAGGCAAACAUGCUCCGCCAAUCUAUCGUCAAAGCUGUCCGCCCAGCUCUCUCAUCCGUCAACUCUCGUGCUGCCUUCACCACCACCUCCAGAGUCAUGGCUGCCGGCGAUACUGGAGCUCCCAAGCCAACCGCCCAAGCUGACGCUUUCUCGAAGCGCGAGAAGGCCAACGAGGACUACAACAUCCGCGUGCGUGAGCAGGAGAAGCUUUUGGAGCUCAAGAAGAAGCUGGCUGAGCAGCACCAGCACCUCAAGCAGCUCGAGGACCACAUUGAUGAACUCUCGAAAUCACAAGGGGGCGAGCAGAACUAG